AGUUGGCCGGCCGGCGUCGCAUUCGUGGAUGAUUUGUGUUGUGAGUCAUUUUAUUGCUUCGAUCUUUAAUAGAUAUAAAUAAUUUUCUUAAAAUUUAUAUAUAUAUGCAUUUCUAAAAGUUAGUUUGUAUAGUAUUGAUAUAAUCAUCAGAACUUUUUUGUUCAUGAAUCGAAAAUAUCUGUAAUAUAACAAAGAAGUUAAAAGUUAGUCAACUAUUGGUGUAUUUGACAAUCGUUUCUCGAUUUUAUUUUAAUUUUGAAUCGACCGAUAGUGAAUUUAAUCAACAAAUUCAAUAAUUACGACUCGCGAAUAUAAUAGAUUAAGAAGAAAAACGCAAUAUAGUGACGUAUUCGAUUUAAUAAAAAAUUGUAAACCGACAAGACGACCGGCAGUAAACUCUACUCGGAUCUUAAUUUCGCGGAUCUGAAUUUUCGAUAAGGUGAUCGUCCUUUACGAAAUGGCCGACAAAAGCGAAUGGGAUUACUCUGUCCAAAAUGGACCAAGCACAUGGGUAUCGAAGUUCCCAAUGGCGGCAGGAUCGAGACAGAGUCCUGUCAACAUCGAAACCGACAAAGUCGAAUCCGAUCACGAGGCUUUAAGUAGCAAACCUUUGCGCUGGAAGUAUCCAGCAACCGCAUCCCGGAAACUUGUUAAUCCAGGUUACUGCUGGCGGAUGGACACUGAUGGCGAAGGCACAUUUUUAAGCGGUGGACCUUUAAUGGACGACGUGUAUAAACUGGAACAAUAUCACUGUCAUUGGGGAUGCAGCGACUCGAGAGGAUCCGAGCACACUGUGAAUGGACAAGCCUUCGCAGGAGAGUUGCAUCUGGUGCAUUGGAACACAAGUAAAUACAACACAUUUGCCGAAGCUGCAAAAGCAUCCGAUGGUCUUGCUGUUCUUGGCGUAUUCUUGAAGGUGGGAAAGACGCACGAGGAAAUGGAAAAGAUCGCUCGCCUCUUGCCUUAUGUCUCGCACAAAGGCGAAGUCGUAGAAAUUACGGAACCAAUCGAUCCUAGCAAACUUCUUCCCGAUGAUAAUGGCUAUUGGACGUAUCUGGGAUCGUUGACGACACCACCUUGCAACGAAAGCGUUACUUGGAUCCUCUUUAAAAAAUGCAUCGAAGUGUCUCAUCACCAAUUAAAUAUUUUCCGUAAUUUACGUAAAUUCUCCCGUGGUGAGGAGUGCCCCUGCCAUGAAAAUCAUGGAGCGGUAAUCAACAACUUCCGUCCACCGAUGCCGCUCGGAAAUCGCGUGUUGCGCGAGUGCGGCAGCUUCUGAGCCUGUUCCCUCACGAUGAUGCAUCGAGAUCAGUCGAUAUCUGGCGAAAAACGGCGGGAGAGAAGCGAAACGGCCGCCAUCAUGGUUGACCAUGGAGCGGCCGUGAUGACCCCUCAAAGUAUGCUCGCGAGCCAUGCAUCGUCGUUCAACCUUCAUUCUGUAUCGUGGACCUUUCUCGCCGGGAUAACUAAGUGCCUUCUUUGUCUGUCGAGGAUUUCCGGAAUGGUGGUCGGAAGGAGGGAGAACGAAGGACGAGAAAAGAUUUUCUGCGGGAAGAGUGGUGGAUAGAGAAGCGUGUUUCUAUCUCUAGAAGCGUGUGGAUAUGUUCCUUGAGAAAUUUUAAUAUAUAAGAUCGAAUUUUAAGUAAGAUAUAUGAUCGAUUGUGAAUAGUUGAUAUAUGCUGUCCAUAUUUCAACGAGAUUUUUAAUUCAUUUUAAUCAAUAUAUGAUAAAUGUUACUUAUUAGAAAGAUAGAAGGAUUAUUGUAUUAAAUAUUAUAGGUUGUUGAAUUUAAAUUGAAUUUUAAAUGAAUCGUAAAAAACAAACUAUGAUAAGUAUGAUAGAAAUCAAUGGACAGUAAUAAAAUUAUA